UCGCGGCUGGCAGGCGGUUUCCGGGCGCCGCCGGCACCGCCCCCUCCCUUUCUGCUCGCGGGCGGCCAUCAUGGUGUUCAAACGCUUCGUCGAGAUCGGCAGAGUUGCCUUCAUUUCCUUCGGGCCGCAUGCUGGCAAGCUGGUGGCCAUUGUGGAUGUUAUUGACCAAAACAGGGCACUAGUUGAUGGCCCCUGCAGUGGUGUCAGAAGGCAGGCUAUGCCCUUCAAGUGCAUGCAGCUAACUGACUUUGUUCUCAAGUUCCCACACAGUGCUCGUCAGAAGUGUGUCCGACUUGCCUGGCAGAAGGAAAAUAUAAAUGAAAAAUGGGCAGCAACAAGAUGGGCAAAGAAGAUUGAAGCUCGAGAAAAGAAAGCCAAAAUGACCGACUUUGAUCGCUACAAGGUUAUGAAAGCAAAGAAAAUGAGAAACAGGAUCAUCAAGCAUGAGAUGAAGAAGCUCCAGAAGAUGUCUUCUAAAAAAGCCAAGAAGCCAGAAAAGUCAGAGAAGUCCGAGAAGGCACCUAAGUCCGAGAAGGUGAAGAAAGCACAGAAGGCGCAGAAAUAAAAUGAACUUCUAGUUACGUA